AUGGAUCCUCGAAGGCGUAAUAACAACUACGCUCGACCCUCUCCUUCAUCCUCCCUUCCUCCUGCCCCUGUCCCAAACACAUAUAAUCCUCCUACGAACCAAUAUGGAUCUAUACCUCCAUCAGCAGAUCCCCGAGGAUACGGCGUACUACCACCGCCAACAUCAUCAUCAUCAUCUCAAUCAUCUUUUCCACCUUUUCCUCCAAGUAGUAAUAUGCAAUCUCCCUUUCCUGGUUCGACAGGAAGUUCGACUCCCCCUUUGCAAGGUAUAGCAUCAACGGGAAUUGUCGAUCCUCGAACGAUGAGACCUCAAGAUCCAAGAAAUCGUUAUAGACCUCCGCCUCCUGCUAGUACACCUACUCCUCCUCCACAAUCUUUCGCUACACCCCCUCCUCCGUCAUUUUCAAUACCCACGACUGUACCCCAAUCAGUAGAUGUCAAGCCCAACGGAACAGCUUUAUCGGCUGCAGAUGGAGAUAUAGCGAAUGGAGGGGAAGCUUAUAAGGGUAACCGAAGACCGUUAUUCUGUGUCGUUUGUGCAAGUAACAAUAAUCGAUCAAUGGAAGCUCAUAUGGUAUUAGACAAAAACGCCUUUCGAGUCAUAUCAGCAGGAACAGGUUCCGCAGUCCGAUUACCUGGACCAGCAGUUGAUAAACCAAAUGUUUAUCGAUUCGGUACACCAUACGAUGAUAUUUAUCGUGAUUUAGAAUCAAAAGAUCCAAUAUUAUAUUCAAGAAACGGUUUAUUACCAAUGUUAGAUAGGAAUAGAAAAGUUAAAAAAGCGCCUGAAAAAUGGCAAGAACUGAAAUCUGUUAAUGCUGAUGUUGUAAUUACUUGUGAAGAAAGAUGUUAUGAUGCUGUUUGUGAUGACCUACUUACUAGAGGAGGUGAAUACAAUCGACCAAUACAUAUCAUUAAUUUUGAAAUCAAAGAUAAUCCUGAAGAGGCUUUAAUUGCAGGUCAAUCGAUUUUAGAAUUAGCUAGAUCUAUUGAAGCUGCGAAUGAUAUAGAUUCAGAGAUAGACGAAAUCCUUUUAUCUCAUGCGGAUAAACAUCCCCAUGUCCUCUUACAUACCGUAGGGUUUUAUUGA